AUGGCAGCUCCUGGUGUCCAAUCGCUCAAGUGCGUCGUUACUGGUGACGGUGCCGUCGGGAAGACAUGUCUUCUCAUCUCCUACACGACGAAUGCCUUCCCCGGCGAAUACAUCCCCACAGUAUUUGAUAAUUACUCGGCAAGCGUCAUGGUCGAUGGCAAGCCCAUCAGCUUGGGACUGUGGGAUACGGCUGGGCAGGAAGAUUACGACCGGCUGCGUCCGCUUUCAUACCCUCAGACCGACGUCUUCCUGAUCUGCUUCUCCAUCGUCAGCCCGCCGUCGUUCGACAACGUCAAGGCUAAGUGGUAUCCCGAGAUUGACCACCACGCGCCUAAUAUUCCCAUCAUCCUGGUCGGCACCAAGUUGGAUCUCCGGGAAGACCAAGCCACCCUAGAGAGCCUUCGAGCGAAGCGUAUGGAGCCUGUCUCGUACGACCAGGCAUUGGUUUGCGCCAAAGAGAUUCGUGCCCACAAGUAUCUCGAGUGCUCGGCUCUCACGCAGCGAAACCUUAAGAGCGUCUUUGACGAGGCCAUUAGGGCUGUUUUGAACCCCCGACCUGUCGCCACGAAGCAAAAGAAGUCGAAGUGCACAAUCCUAUAA